CGAAGAACCGCGGGGAGGGGAUCAAGGAAGGAGGACUCGGGCCAGGCCGCUCCAGCUUUUUUUUCGGAGGGGGGAAUGUGAACCGAGAGGUACCGCAAGGGGGUUUGCUCGCUUCGUCCCAAACGCACCAAACUACCGGGAUGGGACAGCAGGUAGGCCGCGUCGGUGAGGGUACAUCGACCGGACUCCAGCCACCACAGCCCCACGCGUCCCAACCGCACCAAGGGAAGGGGAACCGGGGGAGCGGCGCCGGGAGGAGACCCCGAGAACCCGGCAGCAGCACCGGGACACCGCCGGGCAGAGCGGCUGCGGUCAACGUGCCCGACCCGGGGAUCAAUAUAUUCACGCAGCAUUCAGAAGCUCUGACAGAAGCGGUGCGCUGGAGCUCCAAGGAGAACCUGCUGGGGGCAGCCGAGAGCGACCCGAACCUCUUCGUUGCACUUUAUGACUUUGUCGCGAGCGGAGACAACACACUCAGCAUCACCAAAGGUGAGAAGCUGCGUGUGCUGGGCUACAACCAGAAUGGAGAGUGGAGCGAGGUUCGGUCCAAGAACGGCCAGGGCUGGGUGCCUUCCAACUACAUCACGCCGGUCAACAGCCUGGAGAAGCACAGCUGGUACCACGGGCCCGUCUCCCGCAGCGCUGCAGAGUACCUGCUCUCGUCCCUCAUCAACGGCAGCUUCCUGGUCCGAGAGAGCGAAAGCAGCCCCGGUCAGCUGUCCAUAUCUCUGCGCUAUGAGGGCAGAGUGUACCACUACCGGAUCAACACAGCCACUGAUGCAAAGGUGUAUGUGACAUCGGAGAGCCGCUUCGCCACCCUGGCCGAGCUGGUCCACCACCACUCCACCGUAGCCGACGGCCUGGUCACCACACUGCACUACCCCGCACCCAAAUGCAACAAGCCCACGGUGUACGGUGUGUCACCCAUCCAUGACAAGUGGGAGAUGGAGCGCACAGACAUCACCAUGAAGCACAAGCUGGGAGGAGGCCAGUAUGGGGAGGUGUACGUGGGAGUGUGGAAGAAGUACAACCUGACGGUGGCGGUCAAAACACUCAAGGAGGACACCAUGGAGGUUGAAGAGUUCCUAAAAGAGGCAGCAGUCAUGAAGGAGGUCAAACACCCAAACCUCGUUCAGCUGCUCGGUGUGUGCACGCUGGAGCCUCCGUUCUACAUCGUGACGGAGUACAUGCCUCACGGCAACCUACUGGACUACUUGAGAGAGUGCGACAAGGAGGAGGUGAACGCUGUGGUGCUGCUCUACAUGGCCACUCAGAUCUCCUCUGCCAUGGAAUAUCUGGAGAAGAAGAACUUCAUACACAGGGAUCUGGCAGCGAGGAACUGCCUGGUCGGGGAGAAUCACGUGGUGAAGGUGGCUGACUUCGGUCUGAGCCGGCUGAUGACCGGUGACACCUACACUGCCCACGCCGGGGCCAAGUUCCCCAUCAAAUGGACUGCACCGGAGAGCCUGGCGUACAACACCUUCUCCAUCAAGUCUGACGUCUGGGCCUUCGGGGUGUUACUGUGGGAAAUCGCCACCUACGGCAUGUCUCCGUACCCCGGCAUCGAUUUGUCUCAGGUCUACGAUCUCCUGGAGAAGGGCUACCGCAUGGAGCAGCCUGAGGGAUGCCCACCCAAAGUCUAUGAGCUCAUGAGGGCAUGCUGGCAGUGGAGCCCGUUAGAUCGGCCUUCGUUUGCGGAGAUCCACCAAGCCUUCGAAACGAUGUUCCACGACUCCAGCAUUUCUGAAGAGGUAGCAGAGGAGCUCUGUAAAACCGCCUCUUCAGGCCACUGCGGACCACUGCACUCCUUCAGCCACGACAUGCCCCUGUUGCCUUCCAAAUCCCGCACACUGCACAAGCACACGGAAAACAAGGAGAACAUCGAGGGAGGGCUGGACGGGCGCUCGGACCACAGCACGCACAGUCACUCAGGCUGGGCCUCCACUCUGCUCGGAGGUGACGGCCGCUCCAGCAGCUCUCCGGCUCUCCCCCGGAAGCAGCAGCAGCAGCCGCGGGAUAAAUCUCCCAGCAGCCUCCUGGAGGACGUGCAGGACAUGGGCACGUUCACGCGGGACCGCAAGACCGGCUUCUUCAGCUCCUUCAUCAAGAAGAAGUCCUCCUCCUCCUCGUCCUCCUCCUCGCCGUCCUCCCAGCUCCAGCAGAACCUCCCGACGCCGCCCAAGAGGAGCAGCUCCUUCCGGGAGAUGGAGACCCAGCCCCACAAGAAGUACGAGCCCACGGCCGACUUCAGCGCCCCCCCUCCCCUGCCCCAGUCGGACAGCUUGGGGGGCUUCUCGGCCUCCCCGUCCCACUCCCACGGGGAGCCCACGCAGGCACAUUCCCGCUGCUGUGGGGCUGCGUUCGGACAGAAACCUUCCGGCGGAGGUCUCGGUUCGCAGGUGACGAGCGGCAGCAGCUGGGGGGGUCUGGCGGGGUUCUUCACCCCCAGACUGAUCAAAAAGACCCUGGGCCUACGGACAGGAAAGACCGCCUCCACGGAGGAGGGGGGCAGCUUAGUCGGAGGGCCUAAACCCUUCCCCAGGUCCAAUUCUACCUCCUCAAUGUCAGCUGGGCUGCCGGACCUGGAGCGCAUGGCUCUGACUUUACCCCGGAACCGCAGUGCGAAGCCCCCUCUGGAGAGGACCGCCUCCACCACCUCCCAGCCGGAGAACGGGGCCGCACGGCACUCCGAGACCCUGCUGAGGAGGAUGGACGAGGGCACCGCACAGAUCAGGGAACGGCCCAAAGCCAAGCUGCUGCCCCGGGGCGCCGCCGUCGGGGUGAGGGCGCCGGGGGUCGGGGGCGAGGUGGGCGAGUCGGACGGUCUGUCCCGGGUCAGGGAGGGCAGGGAGGAGGGCGGGGGGCUGGACCGGCAGCAGAGCUGGUCGUCUCCCUCCAAGAGCUCCAGCAUGUCGUCGGCUUCGGCUCCGACUCACAACCACAAAGUCCCGGUUCUGAUCUCGCCCACACUGAAGCACAGCCCGGCCGACGUGCACCUGGUCGGGCUGGACUCUCAGGGGAACCGCUUCAAGCUGCUGUCUGAGCACCAGGCGGACCGCGACCGGCCGCGGCUGGUCAAGCCCAAGUGCGCUCCUCCUCCUCCGCCCACCCUGCGCAGCCUGCAGCACUCAUACAGCGGCGACGGCGAGGAGCAGGUCGGAGGAGGAGGAGGAGGAGGUGGAGGUGGAGGUGGAGGAGGAGGGCCCGUGGAGGUGAACGGAGACACGCUGAAAGGCCACCGGUCGGGUCGGACGUCAGGCGGAGCAGCGACGACAGGCAGACCGUCAGUGCCGCCACCACAAGUGCCUCCUGCAUCUUCCUCCGCCGCCAACACGACUCCCACCAAAAUGGCCAACGGAGCCACCACCACCUCCUCCUCCUCCUCCUCCAAGGUGGCGCUGCGGCGGACCAGGCAGCAGGUGGAGAGGGUUCCCCUGGAGCGGGUGAGCCGCGAGGCCCUGCUGGAGUGCGCCGAGUGCCUGAGCAGCGCGCUCCACGCCAGCUCCGAGAGCCCCUCCAGCAGCCAGGUGCUGGACGCCGGCCACCAGCUGCUAGACUACUGCUCAGGUUACGUGGACUGCAUCCCUCAGAUGAGGAACAAAUUCGCCUUUCGAGAGGCAGUGGGGAAGCUGGAGCUCAGCCUGCAGGAACUGAGGGCCUCGUGUUCGGGGGGCGGCGGGCUGAGCGGGUCCAACACUGUACUGGACAACCUGCACACCUGUAUUAAAGAGAUUAGUGACGUAGUGCAGAGGUAGCCACUGUGACGUCACCCGGCGUCGCCUCCAGCUGCCCGGCAGGUCGCUCAUAUUCCGUUGUUUUGUUUUGUUUUGUUUUACGUUUCUGGUUCUAUCGACAGCUUUUUGGGGGACGAAAUGAGAUGAAUCUCUACAGUACCUCACAGAAAUCACUAUAAAAAAAAUAUAAUCUUUUUAUUGUUUACAACAAAAACAGUCUGUUUCAUAGAGAUGCCAGUGUGGACACUAACUUUGCUCUAAACUGUACAUACUGACAGAUGUUAUACCAAACUACACGUGGUCUCACAGCCAGUCCAGGUCUGAUCAAAAGGCCUCUUUGUCGAUUGAAUGUGGAGUUUUAUCAGCUGUGUGUAGCCGCUCCGGAGAGCCGGUCGAGCUCUGAGAAGUUCACUCAAGCAUUUGUUUUCACCAAUCUGUGACUCAUCAGUUGUUUUAGCUCCACAUCUGGGGAACCGAGCGACCAUAAGCCAUUCUCUUAAAGCCAUGUAAUAAUGAUCAAGGCUUGGAAACAGCAAACGGUUUGGGGGUCUCAAUUUGACAUUUUUAUUUUGUGUGCAGAUGGGGUUUUUUUAUUAUUAUUUUUAAUUUAAGACAGUAUUUGUCAGUAGUUGGACAAAUGUGAUAGUUAUAAAUCUCCCCAAAACUUGCUUGGGAUUCUUUUUUUUUUUUUUUGAGAAUAAUCGACUGCUUCGACGGUGACAUUCCCAAAUGUCCGCCUCAGGUGAGACUGCUGAGAAAAGAGUGGUAGGGAUCACUUAUUAAGAGUUUCUGACAAGCGUGUAAAUAAGCUCAAAGGAGAAGUUUCGGUAAAACCAAAUACAGGCUUAUCAGAUCGGAACAGAUUUCUGGGGGCGUCUUGUCGUGCACAGCGUUCGUCUUCGCUUCAGUGACCGAUGUUCACACCUUUAUUAACACAGUGCCACAUUAAUACCUGGGGAGGAGGGGGGCAGGAGGACGUCAACACCUCACCCCCCCACCCCCUUAAAGCAUUUCAAUAUUUAUGUCCAGUUAUCCUUGCACACUACAUUUCUUCCUUGUAUGACGGAGCGUGGGGAGAGCACAGGGUAGCGCAAUGAGCAGGUGACCCGGGACAGUAUUUCUACAAGUGUCCUUCUGCGUAUGGACAGUGCUGGAUUCCCUGUAGCCUUGUCGUGGCCUCAGUGCCUCAAAUUCUUCAAUGUAAGAACACUGCAAAAAAAAAAAAAAAGGAACAAAAAAAAAAAGUCUAUAUAAGAAUAAAGAAUGCAGAGACCUACUUUACACUAAUCACACAGUACUGAUCUCUCAACAAACAAAACUGCAGUAUGUCUUCAGCACAUGAGCGAUUUGUACAUUAUUUGGUUCAAAGAAAAGAGUAAAAAAAAAAAACAAUGCUUUCUAGAAUGUCUAUGUAUGAACUUGAAUUUUAAAUUAUUUGUUUUGUUUUUUUGUUUUUUUUUUAAAGCACAGACCUAUUUUGAGAGAAAAAAAGUUAUGUAAAUAUUUGAUUUAUUUCAUAUCCAGGAGUACAAAAGAUUUAUGUGUGGUCACGGCAUAAAGAGUUUUUGACUGAAGAGAUGUAUUGCGUACCUGAGGCCCAUCCACCCAGAUCUGAAUAUCUGCUUUAUGAAUGUAUUGUUCUUCCGUUCCGAACCCGGUCGAAUGUCCAACUGCAUGACUCUUUAAUCUCUUUAAGGUGCCAUAAAUUUUAUUUAUUGUUAUUUUUUUAACAAUUACUGGCCCAUAUUUUCGUUUUGGUCACACUAAAUAAUAAAAUCCAGAGAUAGCUGCUCUGUUUUUUUGAGCACAAACAAAAACUGUGUACAGCGCGCACACACACACGCACACACACACACACACACACAGACUCACAGCUGUUUCGUUUUGAUUGUUUGCUUUGGCUCUCAUCUUUAUGUACACUGGAUAAGGCCUCAGACACAUUGGUUCAUUGACACAUACGACAACAUCUGUAAACACUGCAGGUCCAUAUCACUUUCAGAAUGCCUGAUAUCGACACUUUAUAGGAGAAAAGAAAAUUGUCUUUUUUUUUUUUUUUGUGGUGCGUUUCAUCAUUUCUUGUGAUUGUGUGUCGGCAGAAAUGACCCUCUUAUUUUUUUGUUGUUGCCAAACGGGAUCUUUUGAGACAAACUGAUGUUUUUUUUAAUUUGUAUUCACUGUGCAUUUCAAAUAACACAACGAAACAUGCCAUCUCUCUCUUUUUUCAUGAUUCUCGGUGCCUUUUUUUUGUGAAGCGAUUUAUGUAAAGGAACACGAUCGAUCACUGCAACAAUCCCAGUCUGUCAACGAUCAUUCAUUAAAACAUUCAUGUGCUCUCUCUCUUUUACUUUUCCGUGAGAUUGUGACGAGUCGAUCACCAACAGCAUGCUUUUCUGUCCUUUGGAGGUAUUCUGGUCAGAUGCAAACUUGAAACCGAAAGGUGCACUUUGUCUAUUAAAAUGGAGUAUUUGAAAACCCGGUUACCAAGGUGGUUUAUUUGUGGCGGUGCCGCCACGCGAGCAAAACAGAGACGCACGAUAUCGGAUUUUUAACUCUUCUUGGCGGAUGUCGAUACCAAUAUAUGCACACAUUGUUUUCCACUUAAUGUAAUUUAAACUAAAGCCUCUCCUGAAGUGGAAUUAACAUAUUAUCAGACGUAAAAUACACUACUUUCCCAGUAGAUAAGAAGAAUUUAAUGCAACAUUUUCAUACUUUCAGACCGACACGUUCAAGCCUUUUGCAUGCAGACGUCAUCGUGCGUUCCUAAACCGUGCACACGCCUGCUGCACUAAACUCAAAAUCUGAUCCCAUCACAAGUUUAGUCCACAAACAUGUCUUUAUAACUGAGUAGCACCGGUCCGGCCUUCACCUGGUUUAGUUUCUGUUGAGUUUUAUCACAUCUCUGUGGAGCAAACUUCCUAUAAAAGCCUUAUCGGAACAGUGCAAGAAAAAACACGCAGCCUUCCAGAAUCCAACACUUUUCAAGCCUGAACUUUAUUUUUUCUUUUUCAAUUCAAUCAGCAACAUAUCCCCAUUAUGCCCCCAAUGAGUCUGAUUUCUAGACCGAUGUGGUUUAACAUUUGAACACAAGUUUCUGCUCAUUCUCAUCGUCGGUGUUUCACAUUGUCUUUUAUUUGUGUUAUCUAUGUUCUAUGUUCUGGCGUCUCCCUGUUUUGGAGAACAGCUCUGGAGAGUAUCAUUAAACCAAAGGCCACUUCUUCAGCUGUAUGAGUGCAAUGUAAUAUCGACACACGCAUACAGACACGCCGUGACGGAAUAUGUGAAUCUAAACAGGGAUGAAAAACAAAUGGCAGAUGUUAACAUUAACUUUUUUAUUGUACAAAAUAUAUAUUUUGUGUUUUGUUUUUGUUUUUUUUGUUUUUUUUUAUUUAAAGCUCACGUUAUAUUACUGUGAAGUUCUGCUUAUCAGUGUUAAGCCUAUUGUAAAUAAUAAAGAUAUUGAUGAAUACUG